AUGCCCUCUGGUGACAUUCCACCCAGCAUGGCUUCGCUGCCGUAUCGUUCAUCUAGGCAGCCCUCCAGGCAGUCUUCUCGACAGGCUUCAAUGGACACUCGAGACGACAUUCAGAUCCACCAGGAUCAUUACAUCGGAAUAGAUGUUGGCACUGGUAGUGCCCGCGCUUGUAUUAUUGAUGCAAAAGGCAAUAUUGUUGGAUUAGCUUCCGAGAAUAUUGGUCUCUGGCAGCCCCAACAGGGAUACUAUCGCGCUAUCAGCCAGCAUAACAUCGACCCGACUACUAUCCGCGGAAUUGGGUUCGACGCGACGUGCUCACUGGCCGUUUUCUCCACGGUUACAGACGAGCCCGUAUCUGUCACCGGGCCGAACUUUGAUUCUGACCGCAACGUGAUCCUUUGGCUGGACCAUCGGCCAGUAAAAGAAACGGAAAAGAUCAAUGCUACCAAGCACAACUUGCUGCGAUAUGUCGGAGGAAAGAUGUCGAUUGAGAUGGAAAUUCCCAAGGUUCUGUGGCUAAAGAACAAUAUGCCAAAGGAGCUAUUUGACCAGUGCAAAUUCUACGACUUGGCCGAUGCUCUGACGCAUAUUGCUACCGGUAAUGAAAAGCGAAGCUUCUGUAGCGUGGUCUGCAAGCAAGGAUACGUGCCCGUUGGUGUCGACGGGAGUGUGAAGGGUUGGCAGGAGGAUUUUCUCACCGCAAUCGGUCUGGAGGAUCUUAUGGAGGACAAUUUCAAGCGCAUGGGAGGUGUUGACGGGGUGGUGAGCCUUUUCUUUCUCUCAUCCAAUCCCGAGACAAACGAUCUAUUUUCAGCGUUCUUGAAGGCUGACUCGUUUCAGAAUGGCGACUACCUCAGCGCGGGCGAAUUAGUCGGAACAUUGUGCGAAAAAGCAGCGUCCGAGCUGGGGCUGCCGCCUGGUAUCGCCAUCGGCAGUGGUGUUAUCGAUGCAUACGCUGGGUGGAUAGGCACCGUUGGCGCCAAAGUCGAAUUAGAGGACGAACAACUGAGCUCUGAAGUUGCCAAGAACGACAAGGCACAGGCCUUCUCACGCCUGGCUGCUGUCGCUGGCACCUCAACUUGCCAUAUUGCCAUGUCGCCGAACCCUGUUUUUGUUCCUGGCGUCUGGGGACCGUACCGUGACACGAUCCAGCCUGGGUAUUGGAUGGCGGAGGGUGGACAGUCUGCCACAGGUGAGUUGCUCAAGUAUGUGAUCGAGACUCACCCAGCCUUCAACCAGGCGAUCUCAAUUGCCGAGUCGUACAAUACAAAUAUCUACGAAUAUUUGAACGAACAUUUGAAAGAGAUGGCUCAGGAACAGAAGGCCCCCAGCGUCUCAUACCUGGGUCGCCAUGUAUUCUUCUAUGGUGAUCUCUGGGGCAACCGGUCGCCCAUCGCAGAACCCAACAUGAAGGGUUCUAUUAUCGGCAUGGCCAAUGACAAAACUGUCGAUGGCCUUGCGAUCUAUUACUAUGCAACCCUGGAGUUCAUUGCACUUCAAACGAGGCAGAUCGUCGAGACGAUGAAUAAAGCCGGUCAUAGCAUCACAUCCAUCUUCAUGUCCGGAUCUCAGUGUCAAAAUGAUGUAUUAGUACGGCUCAUUGCAUCAGCCUGCGACAUGCCAGUCCUUAUCCCUCGUUAUAUUCAUGCUGCAGUUUGCCACGGUGCCGCAAUGCUGGGAGCCAAGGCCGCAAGUGCCGACGCCGAAGGCAAAACAGAAGACCUGUGGGAGAUCAUGGAUCGUAUGAGUAAACCGGGAAAGAAGGUCGUGCCGACAGAAGACAAGAAUGAGAAAGCUUUGCUCAACGUCAAGUACAAGGUCUUCCUGGAACAGUGCUACAAGCAGCUCGAAUAUCGAAAGUUGGUUGAUGAGACCGUGAGCUCGUGGAAGACUGGUGACACAUGA